AUGUCGUUCUCAGUCCUUGGAAAGAAUGCUAUUGUGACAGGUGCAAGCUCUGGCAUCAACCUGGCUUUUGCGAAACUACUCGCUGAUAAAGGGGCACAUGUUUUUGUCGCCGAUGUCCAGGAGACUCCCGCCUUCCAGAACUUCCAACAGGAGACCAAAUCGACCAGCGUCUUAUUUCAGAAGACAGACGUGUCAAAUUGGAAGGACUUGGAGAAACUAUUUACUUUCACAAAGUCCGAGUUGGGAACGAUUGACCUGCUCUGUAAUGGGGCAGGUGUUUUUGAACCGGACUGGUCAAACUUUUGGAACGACACAGAAACCGAGAGUUACAAAUCGUUCGAUAUCAAUGUGCAAGGUCUCGUCAAAGGAACGAGGAUGGCCAUUCGGGAUCAGAUCACCAGAUCCAGAGGCAGAACGUCCAGUGAGACCGUGGGGGUCAUUCUCAACAUCUCCUCGCUGGCCGCUCAAUAUGCUCUUUUUAACCAGCCACUAUAUUGUACUUCAAAGGCGGCCGUGUCCGCGUUCACCAGAUCAAUGGCACCUCUCCACCCAGAGUUCGGAAUCAAGGUCGUUGCAGUCGCGCCAGGGAUGGUCUCGACGCCUUUGUGGUUCGACCACCCAGACAAAAUGAAAGCUAUUUCCGAGGCAGAUGUUCUUGCAACGCCGGAAGAGGUUGCGGAGGCCAUGCUCAUGGUCGUGGAGAACGCUGAGUAUGAAGGAGGUACAGUCUUGGAGAAGCUCAAGAACACGACCAGGAGGGUGUUGGUCGAUAGUCCGCUGCCGUCGGGGCCUGGUUCCACAAUGAGUAAGAUGGAUCUGAUCUACGAGGACACCAUUGCUCUAUUGGAGGCUGAGAGGAAGGGAUCUGCUGCCAAAUAG